CCACAGUGUUACGGUUCACUGGAGACACUCCGCCAGAGAGUGUUCCAAUUCUAAAGCCGUAUCGGGUGUUAAGUUUUUGUUAAGUAUUGUUAGAACCUUGAAACAAAUCUAGACAUGUACAACAGACAAAUUCCUAGUAGGCCUCCAUGGGUCUUUCAAACGAUUAUUUUUGUAAAAGGCGUGGAGUUUUUUUUUAAUGGUAUAGUGCAGACAUAGUAUGUUAUACAAUUGAUUUAAACACAUACAUUUAAGUUAAUGCUAAGGAUUGUAAUUAGCAUUAGGUUAACUAAUAGUUUGAUUUUCUUUUGAGUCAUUCACAUUCGAGUCUUACAUUUGAAAUGGCGUGAACCAGCAAUACUGUAGAGAGCUGUGUCAACACACCAGCAAAGAGAGACAACCAAUGUAUUUCCCACAACAGACUAUCAAUAGACACUGGCUUGGCAGAUGAAACAGAAGAAUCUUCAAUAGAAUGCCGGUGCCUACGUCAAUAAAACGUAUGAAAAGAUUGAUGAUUUUCCUGGCUGGUCUAACCGUCGUAAUGUGGUUAGCAUCUUCACUUGUAAUAAGCACGUUCUCUCUCGCUAUACCUAUCAGAACCAGUGAGAACAGCACUAAGGAAUCAUAUAUUGAACUUUCCAAAAACAGCGUGAACAUGGUCAAAAACAACGUCAGGAUUCAAAAUAGAUCUCUAGAAAAUAAAACAUUGACAGAGAUCGACAGACUCAUUGCAGAAAACAAGAAAUUAAAAGAACACAUGUAUACUCAGGAGGAGGUCAUCUCAUUUCUAUCUCAACCAAUCCUAAACGAGUACAGUAUUAAAUACAUGUUCAAUCCAAGCACGGCAUGCGCAGAAAAUAUGAAUCAGGUCUUGUUUAUUGUCCCAUCAAAAACAAACAAUUUCGACAACCGAAACAAAGUCCGGCAGAGCGAGCGAGGGAAGUUUGUCAACCUGACGGAGAAUGGUUCGAAGCUUUUCUUUUUUCUGGGAAGACACCAAGGCGGCUCACAAAAAAUUCAGCGCCUGAUAGAAGACGAGAUCGUUACGUAUAGAGACAUCGUUCAGAUUGAUUUUACUGACACUUAUGCAAAUAUCCUUCAGAAGACUGUCUCCAUGUUACAUUGGGUCACUCAUUUCUGUUCCAAUACUUCUUUUGUCGUCAGGACGGAUGAUGACGUCAAGGUCAAUGUCACUAACAUCAUCUCAGCGCUAGAAGAAAAACGUCGCACCUUCCGACAUUUUUUGCUCGGUGAGAUCCAAGAAGGAUGGGAGCCAAUCCGCAACAGGCACAGCAAAUACUUCUUAUCAAUGACGGAAUAUCCACACCCCCUCUUGCCACGGUUCGCCAUAGGAGGAUUGCUGGGAUUUCCCGCUGCAACUGCUGCGCUGUUGUACCAGUGUGCGUUGAGGCUCAAGCCGAUAUGGCUAGAUGACGUGUUCAUUACAGGACUUUGCGCGCCAAAAGUGGGUGUGACGUUGAUAGGUGAUCCUAGAUUUACUUUUAAGCACUGGGAUUGGUGAUACAAAAAUGUAUCAAGCAACAAAAUGUGUUAAAUUAUUGAAUGCAUAUUUAACAAUCGAAAAUAUAGCAAAUAUUUGUAAAGAAUCACAACUACUCAAUAUUUUAAAAGAAUCACAAGUAGUCAAUAGUUGUAAAGUAUCACAAGUAGUCAAUAUUUUAAAAGAAUCACAAGUACCCAAUAUUUUAAAUGAAUCACAAGUAGUCAAUAUUUGUAAAGAAUCACAAGUUCCCAAUAUUUUAAAUGAAUCACAAGUAGUCAAAAUUUGUGAAGAAUCACAAGCAAUCAAUAUUUGUAAAGAAUCACAAGUAGUCAAUAGUUGUAAAGAAUUAUAAGUAGUCAAUAUUUGUAAAGAAUUACAAGUAGUCAAUCUUUACACAAAAUUUUCACAUGUACAUGUGUGAUUUUAAUACAUGGAGGUGCGGUGGCUGAGUGGUAAAGCGCUUGGUUUCCGAACCGAGGCCCCGGGUUCGAAUCCUAGUGAAGACUGGGAUUUUGAAUUUAGGAAUCUUUGGAUGCCUCUGAGUCCACCCAGUUCUAAUGGGUACCUGACAUUAGUUGAGGGAAAAGUAAAGGUGGUUGGUGGUUGUGCUGGCCACAUGACUCCGUCGUUAACCGUAGGCCACAGAAACAGAUGACCCUUACAUCAUCUGCCCAAAUAGACCACAAGGUCUGAAAGAGAAACAUUUUUCAUACAUGGAGGAAAAUACAGAAAUCGAAAUGAUUAAUAAGCAAAGCUUGGCUGGUUUGGUGACAAUUAGGUCAUAUUGUAAGACUUGACUCACUGUCAAAAGUCAUCCUUCAAGGUACAGUGGUGGGAGCACGAAAGAGGUGUCAUUCAAAGAUAAGCUGGCAGGACAAUGUCAAAGAAUGGAUCAAUCUCUCUUUUGACAUCUAAUUAACAGCACUGCUACGACGAAAUUCAAGGGACAGAUGAAAGAGAGAGAUAAUCACAUUGAAAAGCUCUUUCGAUUUUGGUUCCAAAUAAUCUAAUAUACAAACUAGAAAGUAUGGUAUUAUUAUUAUAGCUUUUAUAUAGCGCUACUUUCAUGCUUAUAGCCUGCUCAGAGCGCUUUUGGUCCAAUCUCAUUUGUGGACCAGUGGGGGGGAGGGGUAUCUAGGAGUUAGUUCUCCGUGCUGCCUUUAGGCGCUCAGUAAACACAACUCUGCCCGAGUCGGAUGUCGAACCUCGAGCCCCCUUCUAGGUAGCCAAGCCAAGUUCAAGCGCACUUGGCCUCUCGACCACAUAACGAAUUAUAAUAAUACAGAGCGCUUUUGGUCCAAUCUCAUUUGUGAACCAGUGGGGGGGAGGGGUAUCUAGGAGUUAGUUCUCCGUGCUGCCUUUAGGCGCUCAGUAAACACAACUCUGCCCGAGUCGGAUGUCGAACCUCGAGCCCCCUUCUAGGUAGCCAAGCCAAGUUCAAGUGCACUUGGCCUCUCGACCACAUACCGUAUAUAAUACAGACGUUAUUUAUUGAAGAUGAUUACGUCCUACACGUCAUGCAUUUAGUCAUGCAUUCAGUCAUGCUUGGUAACAAAUGACCUUAAUUCAGCCAAGUCAUUGGUUUUCCUGGCUGGCUUAGGCAACCCAUUCCAUGCUCUAAUAGCACUAGGGAAGAAGGAGUAUUUGUAUAUGUAUAAAUAUCAUAGCCAAUGGAACGAGAAAUGUGCCUCUAUCUUUUGUGUCUUUCUGAGUAUUUUAUUAGCUUUUGUUUUUGUAUUUCAAGAUUAUGGUUCAGUGUUUUAUGUAUAUGUAGGUACGUUUGUAUUGUAUGUAUGUAAUGUAUGUAUGUAUGUACGUAUGUAUUGUAUGUAUGAAUGUAUGUAUGAAUGUACGUCCCGCAUAGAAAUUAAAACCGUUUGAGACAAACAUCUAUAAAAAAGCUAACAAGAUCCCCGAAAAAAAGAAUCACCCUUUAUGUCAGGAUUUUAUGAUUUUACCAUCACAAAAGAGAUACAAGACACCGAUAGCAAAGACAAACAGACACAAACACUCUUUUGUUCCCCUGGCAAUCAAAUCAUUAAAUAAGAACAAUCUGGUAUAAACUUUGUCACAUGUAAAUUAUGAGUGAGUCUGGUGUGAAUGUACACUUUGGUUUCUUAUAGUUAUAAUGUUUUUUGUUUGGUGUAAUG